AUGAAGUUUCAACGUCGUAUUCUUCCUCCACAUUCACCAACUUAUCUCGAAAUGGAAGAAUACACUACACCAUCAUCUUCAAGACACUCAAUAUCAAUAACCGGAUCUACAAGUGAUUUAAGUGAAUUAGGAAGUGUUUACUGUUUAUCAACUAUUAUUAAACAAAGGUCUGAUUCUUUAACAAAUCUAUUUCAUAUGUCAGAAGAUAGUACAUCAUUAUCAAAUUUAAGUAUUGCAUCAUAUUCUUUAUCCCAACAUUCUUGUGAAAAUGGUUCUUAUACAAAUCCAACAACAUAUUCAUUAAUAUCACCGGUUACUGUCUCAUCAUCACCACAACAACAACAACAGCAACAGCAACAAUUACAAACAUCUACUAAUAAUGGAUCUGAUAAAAUUUCUCGUAAACAAUAUAGUUCAUCUUAUCGAAGUUUAACUGAAGAACAAACUUCUCCAAUAAAUUAUCGUAAAGCAAAUGUGAAUAAUCCUAAUUCACGUCGUAGUGGUGAUUCUACACGUCAUUAUUAUUUUUGUUCAACAAAUCUAAGUGGUAGUUCAUCAACAACAAGUAGUCAAAAAAGUUUUCCAAUCAAAACAGCUGAAACUGUUUUAAAUACAAUUGGAAUAAAUACAUCAAAUAAUGAUUUAACUGAUAAAUGUGGUUUAAUUGCAAAUGAUGGAAAUGAUAUUGAAAAUAAUGAUGAUGAUAAUAAUAAUAUUACAAAAUCAAAUCAACAUGAUGAUACACAAAGUUUUUGUGAUAGUCAUUAUGUGGAUAGUUCAGAUGAAAAUGAAUAUGAUAUGAUAUCAUCAAGAAAUUCAUCAACGAAUCCAACACAAACUGGACGAGGUUUAAGAAAAACAGUUUUAAAUAAUGUUGAUCGUCUAUUAAAUUCUGGUAAUAAACAAAUAAAAUAUUAG